AUGACAUGGGGAUUUCGCAAACCACCAGUGGUCACACCAUUGAAAGUGGGAGGAAUGACACCAUUACUGUGUGCAGCACAGAAUGGACACCUGGAGAUCCUUCGUUAUCUUAUCACAGUUGGCUGUGAUAGAGAAAUCAGAACAACCCAGAACGGAAAAACAGUAUUACAUUUGGCUGCUCAGUAUGGACAACUACCUGUCACCAAAUGGUUGAUAGAAGAAGGAGGAAUCAGUCCCUUUGUUAUAACAUCUGAGGGUAACACUCCAUAUGAUCUGGCUGCAGAUAAAGACAACUACAACUAUUCAUCUAAGCAGAAAAAAGAAAAGAAAAAAGUCAUGAGUUUCCUCAAGACUGUCAUGGGAAAGGAAGACCACGAAGUGAUCACAGAAGCCCUCCAGCAAAAGGGUCUUGCACAAGUCCUAAAAGGCCCCAAGGAAGAAAAAGGUAUUUUUUCUGAUAUGGAAUUUCAAGGUCUGUUAAGCAGCGGAUCAUAUAAAUGUUACUGGAACCGUGUUUUUCUUACUGGUCCAUUUGGUGUUGGCAAGACAUGUUUAGCCAAAAUUCUAGUGGGAGAUGAGGCUCCAGAGCAGCGAGAGUCAACAGAUGGUAUAUGGAUUUAUCUCGGCAGAGCUGGAAUGAAUAUAAAGGAACGUUGUUGGAUAUUCUUAGAAAAGGGGACUAUCUUGAAUGCAACUGUACAAAGUUUGCUAAGGAGUAAAGAAAUAGCAAAACCAGGUAUUGAAAAAUCCAAUGAGGAGAUGGCAGAUUUUGUUGAUGCUAAACAAAGGGAAGAAAUCCAAAACAAAGGUUCUGUAUCAUCCAGUCCAGGUCAAGUUACAUCCAGUCCAGGGGCUGCAAAACACGAAGAGGAAAUGCAAGAUCGAAGUGUUGUUAAGUCUUGUGUCAGUACUCCAGGCCUACACACAAUACAAUCAAAGUUAAAAGCUUUCUUUAGUCUCCCAAGUCGAAAACAGAAAGUAUUUAAAGGUCAAAAUGUUGCAAAUCUGAAAUCUCAAGAUGAUAAAAGUGCUUUGGUGCAUAGAGUUACUAGAGAUGACAAGAGGAAUUUAGACACGGACGAGAAAUUGACUGCCUUAGACAUUUCAGAGGAUGAAAUUAUUCAACUUAUCCGAUCUGAAUGUAAUAAAGGCAAUUACGAAAUGGUAAUUGUCCCCAUAGAUUUGUGUGACUUUGGCGGUCAAAAGAUAUAUCACUUGACACACCAACUCUUCAUAUCUAGCAGAGGCACUUUUGUGUUGAUAUUUAACGGAAGCCAGGGUAUUUAUGAUGAAAUACCAGAUUAUAUAGACUUACCCGGCUGCCAUAAUAAACGAAAUACAGCAGUUUAUCUCGUCCAUUGGGUUAACUCAGUCCUUACAUAUUGUAAGACUUUGACUGAAAAUGGAGGAUACCCAAAAAUCAAAUUUGUUGCAACACACAAAGAUCAAGUAAAAGGUGAUAUUGAAGAACAGAGACAAAUUUUAGAAGCCUCAAUCGAAAAACUCUUUGAAAAUCAUGGAGGAAAACAACAUCUUCAAUAUCGACCACUUAUUUUUGUGGAUGCAAGAAAUAAAGAGGACGAAGAAUUAGACACAUUGAAGAAUCAUUUGGUGGAAGUUGCAUUAGACCAUCCUUGUUGUGGAGAAUUAAUGCCUACUAAGUUUGUACCACUUGAACUUCAAUUAGCCCAAAAAGUAGAGGCAAACAAGAAAAUAAUAUCCAUUGGUGAACUGAAUGACCUUAACCAGCAGAAUGAGAAACACGCGUUAACCCCAGAUCAGUUACAGAAGUUUCUAAAGGUUAACCAUGCCCUGGGGAAACUGAUCUACUUCGAUGAAUGUCGCUUGAGAAAUAACGUUAUCAUUGAUCCAGUAUUUUUGGUAGACGUGCUACGUUCCAUCGUUACUGAUGAACAGUUUUGGCCAGAACAUCUCAUUGAAAUAUUAAGAGACCUCAAAGAGAGUGGAAAAUUGUUGAGAAAAGAUUUACAUGAAAUAUGGAAACAAGACUGUUUCAAGGAGAUCUCAGAGCAUAAAGAUUAUAUAGUAGAAAUGUUAGUUCAUUUGGACAUAAUUUGUAGACAAAAAGAUGAUGAAAAUGAUUCAGAAUUUUUCUUAGUACCAUGCCAAAUUAGAACCAAAAGAGAAGACAACCCACAAAUAGAUUUUGACAGAAGCAUACAUCUAGCUUAUAUGUUUAAGGAGGAAGUUGUACCACCUGCUAUCCUUUACCGGUUCAUUGCGACUUUCAUAUCAAUGUGGAAGCUUCGAGUCAGCACGACAUCCAGUCGUCUGAUGAUCUUUACAGACAGUGCUGAUGUUACAAUUGAUAAUGAACACGAUAUGAGAAUUGACAUUCAGGGAAACAGAAUUAUAGUUUCUCUUUCUCACAAAGACAGCCAAAUCUCUAUUGUACCUACAAUAGCAUCAACAGCUCAGGAAUGCCUCACACAUGCCAUUACAAACAUUUCCAAUUUCUAUUUCUCGGUUUCAGAUGAUUCUGAUUGUACGAGAGAUUUACCUUUUACCAUUCAAAUUGGUAUAGUUUGUGGGUCAGAUCUUUGUUAUUUUGACCACAUGUUGAGAUCGAACAUGUCUAAGGAAGAAUGGGCAUGCCCCUAUCACAAUAGAAUACACAAGACUAAAAUUGUGUCUAGAUGGUUUGCAGACAAGUUACCUAUGAAGGAUGACAGAUGCCAGGAAGAUUGUCUGGGUCUAGAUAUGGCAUGGCUAGAUAUUAAUCCAGAUGAUAGACACUUGGGACGCUUAGCAGCUGAAAUGACAAUUGAAGAAACAAGGAAAAUGUAUAUCCACCUAAAGGAAUAAAAUCCAGUUAGGUCUUGGGAUAAUA